AAAAUUACUAAUUCAGAAUCUAAAUUAAUAGAAAAACCUUCAACUACAACUAAGGCCAAAUUGUCAAAGAAAAAACGAAAUCAAGAGAAAAAGAAAAAUUUAGAAUUGAAAAAUUUAGAGAAAAAAUCUGUGGAAGAAAUUUCAGAUAAUAAAAUGGAAGAGAUUGAAGGGGAGGAAUUGACAUCAAGUCAACCAAAAAUAAUUAAUGAAAAUACUAUAAGCGAGUCUUUAGAUGAAGAUACAAUAAGCGAAGAUGUAGAAGAAGAACCUCAGGGGGUUAAAAUAGAAGAGCAGAAACCAGCUGAAAAGCCUAUAAUGAAGAAUUUGGAAGAUAAAAUUAUUAAGUCUUCUAAAGGAAAAGGUAAAGCAAAUGCUAAUAAAAACAUUAAGGCAAAACAUGGAAAAAAGGUUAAAAAUGAAGUGAUUAAUAAAAUAAUUAAGAAAGAAGAUGAAUUAAAGACAAAUAAUGAGUUGACAGUGUUUGAGGAAAAUAAUGAGCUCAUUGAUGUAUUGAAAGAAAAAAAGCAUUGGAAUGAUUUGAAAAAUUCAAAUUUUAUUAUUGAUAGAACUGUCACUUUAGAGGAAGCAAUUGCUGACAUAAAGAAAAUUGUUGAACAUUGGAAUAAAAAUGCUUUUACAUUAAUUUCUGGUUCUUAUCUUUUAAAUAUUAAUUCUGUAGAAUCUGAUGUUGAUUUUAUUGUUGUAUUACCAUUUAAUUACAAUAAUAAUAAUGACAAAUUUGUAACAAAAAGAAUGUUGGAUGAUGAAUUUAUGGGUAUUAGAUCUGAGUGUAAUUUUGAAAAAAGGGAGGAAUGUAGUGAGAAAGGAUCGCUUUACUGCGUUUUAUGCGAGAACAAAGCAACAUCAUGGCUUAGAAAAAUUACAGCGGGUGUUAGUGAAAUAAAUGCCAAAAUUCAUGACUAUUCUUUCGAUUUAGCCUUUGUUGCUUAUCCUUGGGAAAGAAAUUCUGAACAAGUUUUGAAUUUUAUAAAAAGUGAAGAAAGUUUGAAAAAUCUAAAUGAAAUAGAUAAUUUUAUUUUAAAUUUUACUGAACAAUUUGGGACGAAUCUGCAAUUUGACCGUUUUGGAAUGAUUAAUUCAUUAUCCGGUUCAUAA